AUGUCGGCUCUUACGCGUAACAAGAAGAAGGGGGCAAAGUCACAGACUCCACCUCUGAGCAAGCAUACGUUUACGCCUCCGCUGAAGAAAGCGGCGAAAUCCCAGAAGCCUCCAUUGAAGAAGCAGAGGAAGAGUAUUUCGGAGGAGAAGCUUCAAGUCUCCAAGGAAGAGGAAGAAGAAGAAGAGAAUGAGCAGUCUGAUGAAGGAGAUGAUGCAGAUUCUGAUUUUUUCUCAGGAGACAGUGAUGAUGAUGAGGAUACAGAAACAUUGGGGGACGACUUUCUCGAUGGUAGCGACGAUGAAGAGGGAGAGGGGGCUCUGGGCUCUGAUUCGGAUUCUGACUCUGAUGAAUCCGAUAUCGUGAAGAAAAGUAAAGCUAUUGAUGAAGAGCGUAAAAAGGAGGAACAAGACGCAAACGACGAAUUCCAGAUGAACAUUAAGGAAGAGCCUGAUGAGUUUCAGCUACCAACCCAAAAGGAGCUUGAAGAAGAGGCACGUGGGGCACCAGAUCUUCCUCGCUUGCAAACGAGGAUCAAAGAGAUUGUUAGAUUGCUGUCGAAUUUUAAGGAUUUGAGGCCAGAAGGUACCAAGAGGAAAGACUAUGUUGAACAGCUUAAAGCUGAUCUUGCUUCUUAUUACGGCUACAAUGCAUUUCUUAUUGGAACUUUGGUUGAGAUGUUUCCACCUGUUGAACUCAUGGAACUAAUCGAAGCUUAUGAAAAGAAAAGGCCUACAUCUAUACGUACCAACACUCUUAAGACUCGGAGACGGGAUCUGGCUGAUGUACUUCUAAACAGAGGAGUUAAUCUAGACCCAUUAAGCCAGUGGUCAAAAGUUGGACUUGUUGUCUAUGAUUCACAAGUUCCAAUUGGUGCAACUCCUGAAUAUUUGGCUGGUUUCUAUAUGUUGCAAAGUGCUAGUUCCUUCUUGCCAGUGAUGGCUCUUGCUCCUCGAGAGAAAGAGCGGGUUGUGGACAUGGCUGCUGCUCCUGGUGGUAAAACAACUUAUAUUGCUUCUCUAAUGAAAAAUACUGGAGUAAUAUAUGCAAACGAGAUGAAAGUACCUAGGCUUAAGUCACUUUCUGCCAAUUUGCAUCGCAUGGGGGUGACAAAUACCAUAGUUUGUAACUAUGAUGGAAAAGAGCUACCCAAGGUAUUAGGUCAGAACUCGGUAGAUAGAGUUUUGUUGGAUGCUCCUUGCAGUGGAACUGGAGUUAUAUCGAAAGAUGAAUCAGUUAAAACUUCCAAAAGUGCUGAUGACAUAAAGAAAUUUGCCCAUUUGCAAAAGCAACUUAUACUUGCUGCAAUUGAUUUGGUGGACGCAAGUUCCAAAACCGGUGGAUAUAUCGUUUACUCAACAUGCUCAGUUAUGAUUCCUGAGAACGAAGCUGUAAUCGACUAUGCCCUAAAAAACAGGGAUGUCAAGCUCGUUCCAUGUGGACUUGAUUUUGGCCGAGCAGGAUUUUCUAGUUUUAGAGAACACCGUUUCCACCCUUCUCUGGAGAAGACUAGACGUUUCUAUCCUCACGUACACAACAUGGACGGAUUCUUUGUGGCAAAGCUGAAGAAGAUGAGCAACGCAAAGCAGGCUUCCGAAGGUGAUGAGACGAUUGAAACAAGAGAACAACCUCAGGUGUCUAGUGAUUAUGAUGAUGAUGCUGAGGCCAUUAAGGAGCUGGAGAAGCCUUCUGCUGCGAGUGGGCAACCCAAGCGAGAGAGUAACACUAAAGAUAACAAGAUUUCGUUCUCAAAGGAGAACAACAAAGGCAAAAAGAAUAAGAAUCGAAAAACCGAUAAUGGUAAUAUGGAAAACCCCAGGAAGCAAAAGAAGAAGAGAUCAGAAUGGAAGACUGAAAUUGCCCAAGCUAGGGAAGAGAAAAGAAAAGCCACGAGAGAUAACACCAAGGAGUCUAUGAGAAGAUAA